CUCGUUCUUGGUUGGUCGCCCUCUGUGUCAAGGUGGAACGACAUUUUGAGAAAACAACACUGGGGGAAGAGAGAAACAACGAUGUCUUCUUUAGGAAGGGCCAUGGGUGUCCUUAGGGCCGGGACGCAGCUUCUUACACGUGGACCUCAGAAAAUAGUAACCCGAAAAGCUGGUGGUGGACCACACAUAGAGGCCCAGUACAGGCAAUUCCCACAACUCACCAAGAGCCAGACGUUCCAAGCAGAGCUUCUCAGCAGUGCCAUGUGGUUCUGGAUCCUGUGGCACUGCUGGCAUGACCCAGAUGCAGUAAUGGGUCACUUCCCAUGGCCUGAUGCAUCCGCAUGGACAGAUGAGGAACUGGGGAUCCCAGCUGACGAUGAGGAAUGAGUUGCUCUCUACCCCCAGACCUUGUGUGCCCAGUCGCUACCUGGAGGUUAAGGGUGUCCCAAAAGGCUUUGUUGUACAUAGACAAAUAAAAUUCAAUUUAUUCUAAAACAUA